GAUGUCAGCUGCAACGAGAUCCAUACAAUCCCUCCCCAGAUUGGCAAUCUAAAUUCCUUGCGGGAUCUCAACAUCAGGAGGAAUCACCUGGUACAUUUACCUGAAGAACUUGCCGACCUGCCUUUGAUUCGGUUAGAUUUCUCCUGCAAUAAAAUCACAACAAUCCCAGUGUGUUACCGGAACCUCAGGCACUUACAGACAAUCACCUUAGAUAACAACCCCUUGCAGUCUCCCCCCGCCCAGAUAUGUAUAAAAGGAAAAAUCCACAUAUUUAAGUAUCUGAACAUGGAAGCGUGUAAAGUUGUGCCAGACCUUCCCGAUUAUGAUAGGCGACCGAUAGGCUUUGGAUCCUGCCACGAAGACCUGUAUUUGAGUCGACCAUAUGGAGCACUGGAUUCCGGGUUCAACAGCGUGGACAGCGGAGAUAAGAGGUGGUCAGGAAAUGAACCGACAGAUGAGUUUUCUGAUCUUCCCCUGCGAGUGGCAGAGAUCACGAAAGAACAGAGGUUGAGAAGAGAGAGCCAUUAUCAAGAACACAGAGGAAACUCCGUAGUGACAAAUGGUGGAGGUAAUAGCUCUCAUUUUCUAGAUAACGUCAUCAAUGCUGGAAGCCACACUGCACUGAUGAUGUUACCUAACUUGCACUCUGCUGAAGUCCUAAAAAGAACAGCCCUGGACUUGCCAAAAUAUCAGCUAAAUCUUGGAGAUGCAGAGGAAUUAAAACGACCCGAAAGUCUGAAUUUAAUGCAAGAUAGGGAACGACCGCAAGGAUUAAGGAGCCUUAUAGAUCGGUCAGAAAGGGGUUGCCGAGAGUCUGCUGCCCAUGGGUCUCUGUCCAAUGCUCACCAUCAGAACGUUCCCGCAGAGGCUGACCCACCCAAACGGCGUGAGCCCUUCAUGGAGUGGACGCGGAGGGAAGCGCAGCUGGCGGCCCUGCACCAUGAGGAGGAGAAGAGGAAGACAAAACAGAUUCAGAAGGAAGCCGUUCUUGAUUUUGUCAAAAGCGACGACCGAUCCACCAUCUCACCGAAUUCACCCACUUCUCAAACAGCUGUGACGUCGCUGCCUGCUUCUUCAUCAGCCCCGGUUAAUUGCACAGAUGACGUCAGCGAUAACCAUAAUUCCACCUUGCUGGAAGAAGACGUUUUGGUGAUAGAGCAACUGCGGAAAAACAUUGAAUCCCGGUUAAAAGUGUCUUUGCCGAGCGAUCUCAGCGCAGCCUUAACGGAUGGCGUGGUGCUUUGCCAUUUAGCCAACCACGUGCGCCCUCGUUCUGUCCCUAGUAUUCACGUGCCCUCGCCUGCUGUC